GCUCAUAUUACUCUUCUGACAUGCCUCACUCAUAGCAGAUCGACAGACUUACAAAAAAAAAAAAAAGGGGGUAAUCAUCUUCUUUUAUUUUUUUAUUUAUUUUAGUCUGUUGAUUAGGACUGGGAGGAAAGGAUAGCUGGGUUGGUUACCUACCUGCAUUUCCCUCCCACCCACCCCUUUGCAUGCAUUCCCAGAUUGGUACAGUGCCACGUCAGCAACAGUGCCAUGUCAGCAACAGUGCCAUGUCAGCAGUACUACAUCAGCAGUGCCACAGUGCCACGUCAGCAGUGCCCCGCCACCAUGACGGGCUCAGCUCUGGGAAUGCAGGCCGAUUGGCCAAUGAGUCCAUUGCCGAGUACCGGCAACGUUUCGAAGCUCAGCUCGCACUAAUCGAGGCUGAGGAACAGUGCCAGCUGGCAGCCGAGGCUGUCCGCCUACAGGCUGAAGCGGCGGCAACAGUUGAAAAGCAGCGAACUCAAGCCGAAGCUGAAGCAGAUACCCAGGCACGCCGCAAGGAGGCCCGGGAUCUGUUACAGCGGCAUGAAGCCACCAGCAUUAAAAAGCUCAAGUUUUGGCAUUUUGAACCAUCUGAGAAGCACGACGACUCGACACCGGAGGAGCAGCAUAAUGAAUUCAUGGCCAAACUCGUGACCACGUUACGGGCCGUGCGGAACCACAAGGCUCAGCACGAGGAUGCAGCACGGGCACUUGAUUCCCGUGUACAGGACUCGGAGCAAACUGCACCAAGAACAGAGGCUGGCGAGUCCAGCAGUGCACACUCUGCCCGCCAAUUGGAGGAACGAGUCGAUCACAUAGUGGCAACGCUAGGUGAUCUCAGCACCUUCGCAGCACCAGCCACCAUUAGCCAGCAGCUGGACACACUGAAGACCAAGAUCAGGCAGCGACAACAGCCGUUCGACCCCGAUUGCAGCACCAGCACGGCGAAGCAUUACAAGAUGCCGACGUUCCGGAUCGAGAAGUUUGAUGACUACACACAUCAAGACCAGGUCGUCUGGUGGCAAGGAUUCACAACGGAGUUGCGGAUUCAUGAGGUCCCCGAACAUCUCUUCAUCGGCGCACUGUUCCUUAACGCCAAGCGAGGAUGCCAGAUCUCGCUGAGCCAUAUGGCAACCGUCCACGGCGUCCAAGUCUUCGACCUACACAAGAAGGUCUCCUGGGAGGAUCUGACAAAAGAAUGGAAGAAGCGGUUCAUCCUUGACGACGCCCCGACGCUCGCCAUCAACCGCAUCUUCACGAUCGCUCAAGGAAACACAAUGACACGUGAUUGGCUCAAGGAUUGGCAGAAAAUCGUGGCGACGCCCAAUCUGGACUUGCCAUUUCCGCACCUGCGCCAGGAGUUCUACAACCGGUCCUGCGCUGCUUUGAGCCUCGCGCUUCGUGAUCACAAGCAGUACAACACCUUCGCCGAACUCAUCAACAAGGCGAGGGAGAUCAUCAAGACAACCAGGGUGGCUGCACACGAGAAGUUAACGUGGCAGCCAACCUAUGUGGAAAAGGUGAGAACUGGUCUGAGGCCGCAGCAUGUCGCUGCAGUCCAAACGGACAACAUUGUGGAAGACCCGGCAGCCACCCAAGCGUCAACUUCGCCGCCACCCAUCGCCGAGGAUUCAACGUCAUGGUCAAGACGUGAAGAGCUCGACCCGUUGACGUUCGCGGACUUCCAGUGGAUGCCAGUUCCCCCGACCGGUCGAUUGCCGAAACCGCAUUGCAACGUGCUCAUGGCACAAUUGCGGGAUUACUUGCACACUGCAGUACCAACUCCGUUGAUGGACGCCGGAGUAGAGGUUGUCGACCUUCACAAUUACAUUGCAAAGAUCGACCGCGAGUUCAAGACACAACGGUACGACAGCAUCGACGCUACAUUGUUAUAUGUACGAAUUCAGAUCGGGGAGGCGACCUGCAGCGCUUCGAUCGAUUGCGGAGCAUCUUGCAACUACAUGAGCCAUAACUUUAUGGUACGCGCCGGCCUUGGCCCACGCGUCCGGAGGAAGUCCCAGCCUACACAAGUCACGUUGGCAGACGGUCACACGCACAAGUCAAUCGACCGGUGCAUAGAUGACAUCCCCGUGUACUUUGCCCCGCAUGCAAGCGAGGCGRUGUCCUUSGAUAUUUUGGACACCAAAUUCGACAUGAUCUUGGGCAUGUCAUGGCUGCGAAGCGAGGAUCACGUGGUGAACUUCUACCGCCGCACCAUUCACGUUCGUGAUCGGAACGGACUCAACGCGCAAACGGUCAAGAACGUCGGCCCUCUUCCGCGCAUCGACGACCUUCUCGAACGGCUGGGCGGCGCCAAGUUCUUCUCCAAGCUCGACCUCAAGUCGGGAUAUCACCAACUCGAGAUCCGACAGGAGGACCACUACAAGACCGCGUUUAAGACGCGAUAUGGGCAUUUCGAAUGGGUUGUUAUGCCGUUUGGCCUUACGAAUGCCCCAGCCACUUUCCAAGCGGCUAUGACAACGGAGUUCCGACACAUGUUGGAUCGAUUCGUACUUAUCUACCUCGACGACAUUUUGGUGUACAGUCGGAGUUUGGACGAGCAUGUGGAGCACCUGCGCACCGUUUUGGAGCAGCUACGACAAGCCAAGUACAAAGCCAACCGCGACAAAUGCGAAUUCGCGCGGCAGGAGCUGGAGUACUUGGGACAUUAUGUGACACCGCAAGGCAUUCGUCCGCUUGCGGACAAGAUCGAGGCCAUCCGCGUAUGGCCUGAGCCCACCAACACCACGGACAUUCGUUCAUUCAUGGGGUUGGCAGGCUACUAUCAGCGAUUCAUCACCGGGUACUCAAGGAUUGUUGCACCUAUGACGAGAUUACAAUCGCGAAAGGUGCCAUUCGUGUUCGAUGAUGACGGACGCCGAUCAUUCCAAGCACUCAAGACGGCCAUGCUCAUGGCACCCGUCCUUAGCAUCCACGACCCCACCCUGCCAACGAGAGUGACAAUUGACACUUCCGGCUAUGGCAUUGGCGCAGUCUUGGAACAACACGACGGCGACGACUGGCACCCUAUGGAGUUUUUCACCCACAAAGUGCCUCCCAUCAAUUCGCUUGACGAUGCAAGGAAGAAGGAGCUGCCUGCGUUCGUGAUGGCUGGCGACACUUCCUCCUUGGGCGUCGUAGGUUCACAUGGCCGGAUCCCUCCGAUGCGUGGUGUUGAGCAUUCUAUCCAGCUCGUGCCUGACUGUCGUGUUCACCAUCAGUCACCGUACCGACUCUCGAUUCAAGAGGCGACAGAACUCGAGCCUCAGCUUGAGGAGCUCCUUCGAUCGGGUUUCACUAAACCCAAUAACUCCCCUUGGGGUGCACCUGUCCUCUUUGCUCGCAAAGCGGACGGAACUCUCCGCCUUUGCAUCGACUACCGCGGCGUUAACCGUUACACGAUUAAGAACAACUCUCCCAUGCCCCGCGCGGAUGAGCUGUUUGACCGUCUGGCAGACAACCACUUCUUCACGAAGAUCGAUCUUCGUAGCGGUUAUCACCAGAUCCACGCCGCCGCAGAGGAUCAGCCCAAGACCGCCUUCCGGUCGCGCUUCGUCCGCUACGAGCUCACGGUGAUGCCAUUCGGCCUCACCAAUGCACCUGCCACCUUCCAAACAGCGAUGAACAACAUCUUCAGGGACAUCCUUGAAAAAUACGUUCUCGUAUACCUGGACGACAUCUUGGUCUACAGUCGUACCUUAGAAGACCAUAUCAGACACCUCCGCGAUGUCCUACAACCCUUACGCAAGCACGGCUUCUAUACCAAGCUUAGUAAGUGCCGCUUUGCCUAGAGGUCUUCCUAGGACACCAUGUGUCUGACCAGGGUCUCCGCAUGGACGACGAG